CCAUAAUCCAAAGCGCCAUGUUGACAUGCAACAAUGGCGGCUUCCAUUGACAGUGUGGAAAGUAUAAGAGGACUCUUGGACAACUGUUUAACUAAGUUGGGGUUUGAAGUGUACCCUUUAAAGGUUGGUUGGUACAACUCUUUGCUGCCUGCCACUCUGCGCCUGUCUUACCCAGAUGACACCUUGGCUGUGGUGGUACUCAGCACUCCUGCUAUGUUUGAAGAAGCCUUCCUGCCCUUCAUGAAGCAGAGGGGCUGCCAGGGGCUGUCUGACCCCAUAGAUCAGUGUGUCCGACACCAUAUCGCCUCCACUGUGUCACAGUAUUUUCCAGAACAGAAAGUGGAUUUGAGGUUCGACUACGAGCUGCUGCCCAGCAGGAAGCCGAAGUUCUUGGCGCAAACUGCAGCUCACGUAUCUGGAGCUGCUUUCUACUACCAACAGUCUGAUGUCCCAGACCAACCAUGGGCUGGAAAAAAAAUGUUUGGCGUGUGCGUACAUCCCAGGUUCGGGGGCUGGUUCGCCAUCAGAGCUCUGUUGGUGUUUGGCGAUGUGAUGGUAGGAUCUAAGCUGGUGCAGCCUCUUCCUCCUGACUGUGUGCCUUCCAGAGAAGCCAGGAUACAGCUGCUGGAGGCUUUCAACUUUCGCUGGCAGGACUGGAGCUACCGAGACAUCAUCCCUCCGGUCCGGACCUACUCUCAGAAACAGAAGGACUACUUCCUCACUCCUCCUGCUCAGCGUUUCGCUCUGCUUAAGACUUGGGGCUUUCUGCAGAGUGAAGAUGAUCGACCUGAUCCCUCCUCUGACGCACAGAGUCAGGUGAACGGACAUGGAUGAAAACAAAGACCAGCUGAACUGUGGGCAUGGCAUCUUCUGGGAUGUUUUAGUUCAUGGUUUUAAUUGAAUCCUUGUUGAUCAGCUGCCUAUCAAGACUUUAACUUCCAUGUUGAUUUAAAGCCAUCUGGUUUUGGGUGACGGAUAAUUGGAGCUAAUAAGCUAAUAAGGGAUACUUGAAUAUUUGUGUUCAGCUCUGUACGACUGUUAUUUUAUCACACUACUUUAAAAAAGCCCAUAUUAUAUGAAUUUACAGGUUUGUAUUUGUACUAGAAGUCUACUAGAGUAAGUUUACAUGCUGUAAUGUUCAAAAAGGAGGUAGGCUGACAUUAAGCAAAUGUGUUACAUGAUGACAUAAACAAGUCCCAGAAGAAAACCCUACACUUUAAAUGAGGUGUUUCAGGCUGGUACGGAGGAAAGCUUUCUAUGGGAAAGAGUAACUCCAUUUGGUGUUAACUUUGGCCGUUGUAAGUUUGCAGUUCUUUGAUGUGCCCCAAAAAGCUAUAAGACACUAAAGGAAAGGGAAAAGCCCAAAAAGCAUAAUGAGGGCUCUUUAAAAUACCCUGUUAUAAUAAGCAGAUCCCUCAUAGCUGUGGUCCUAAAAGCACAGUUAAAUGCAGCUUCCAUUUCAGUACAAAGUACCCAUCAUGUUUGUUGUGCGUUUGACAGCAGCAGCAUCUCCUCUCCUGCUGCUGUUGUAUAACGGAUGAUAAAUAAUGUUGAGUGGAUGUUUGCUGAAAGUAGCUCAGCAAAGCAGGAUUCACUGUCUGCCAUAUUUUGAAGAGGAAUGCACUUUAUAUGCCUGUUUGAUGGAUCCCAUCGGAAAUUCUGAAUGGUAUAGUCGAAAGUAGCAACGGGAACUUUUACUUCAAAGUUUAGAUGAAUCAUAUAUUAAGACAUGUGGGUUGAAGAAGCUUUGUGUCACUCGCCUGUUUAAAUCUUAUUUUUGUUAAACGUUUUCUCUGCAUUGUUUGAUUUAACAGUGAAGUCUGAACAGUUAAGAAUGAAUGGCCAUGUGCUGCAAAAAACAGGAUGAGCCGUAGUAAAAGCAAUCAAGGUACAACUGUAUUUGUCUUUUGUAUUUUAUCGAAGUGUAAUAAAGAGAAAUUCUCAGUGAAUAUUUCAGCUUAAAGAUUAGAGCUCAUCUGACCAAGAUUCCAACAAGUUAUGACACUAUUUGCCCUUCAAACAUUACAGCCUCAGCUUUCUCAUGAAGAGAACAGGAGCUUCUCAGUCGGGGAAUGUAAAUAAUACAGAGUGCAGUCAAAACAAGACAAUAGUUGGACCAAGGUUAUGGCUGUUAAAUGAUAAAAUCACUACAAGGAAAAGUAGAAAAUGAAAUUUUUUUCCUCCACAGCGAUACAAAGGAGGUGCACUAGAUAGAAAAUAUUGAAAACCUCAAUAUUUCUUCACCAAAGCAACGUUCCUCUUCCAAGGGCAUGUUCUUUUGAUUAGCCUGAGUAAUGCUGACUAUUUUUUGUGAGCACCUUCAGUGUUUGGGGUUGAACAAUUACAGUUCAAUCCACAUCCAUUACAGAAAGGAUCAUUUUAACAAUCGAACUACGACGAGUACUGUGACACUAAUUGGGAAAUAAAUCCUUCCAUCCAUUCA